AUGGUGAGUGACACGGAAAAUGAGGCAGAGAAAGGCGUGCGGAGGGAGAUGGCAGAGCGUGGAAGGCGUCGUGGGCGGAGGCGGGCGAUGUGGGCAGAGGCGGGCGUGGAGGUGGGCAAUGCGGAGCAGGCGGAGGGCGGCGAGGCGGAGAAGGCGACGUCGGCCGGGACGACACGGAGGAAGGGGGAGCGCGACGCGGGCAGAAGAGAGGUGGAGAAGGCGGGGAGCGACGAGGGCGAACGAGGCGGCACGGCAGUAGGAGAGGCACGCGCGGAGGACGGCGAUGCGGAGGCGGGCGACGCGGUGGGCGACGCGUAUGCGUGGGACGUGGAGGGCUCGCGGGAGGAGGUGGAUGAGGUGGUAGUGGUGGUGGUGGGCGAAACUGAGGGCCGUGAUGCCGCUGCGGCGGAGGGCGACGCGUGUGGAGGUGAGGCGGACGCGGAGGAGGGCGACGCGGGGGACACGGGCGACGUGGACGUGAACUACGUGAAUGCGGGCGAUGCAAAGCCGCGCGACGCGGAAGCGAGUGAGGCGGGAGGAAUAGGGCGACGCAGCUGGGCGACCCGCGCGAAGGUGGGCAACGCGGAGGCGAGCGACGCGGAGGAGGAUGGCGCGGUCGGGCGGCGCAGGAGAGGAGGGUGGCACGAAGGAUGGAUCUCGGAGAGCCGGGGGGAGGAGGACGUCCUCGGCCUGUAG